AUGAGCCAGGUCCUGUUCCAGGAGCUCGUCCCGCUGCAGGUGAAGUGCAGAGACUGCGAGGAGAGGAGAGUCAGCGUUAGAGUGAGCAUUGAGCUGCAAGCGGUGUCUAAUCCGGUCCACAGAAAGGAUUUAGUUAUCCGUCUGACCGAUGACACUGACCCAUUUUUCCUCUAUAACCUUGUUAUAUCUGAGGAGGACUUUCAGAGUUUAAAGUUCCAGCAAGGUCUUCUGGUGGACUUCUUAGCUUUCCCGCAGAAGUUUAUAGAUCUGCUGCAGCAGUGCACGCAGGAGCACGCCAAGGAGGUCCCCAGGUUUCUGCUGCAGCUGGUGUCGCCAGCAGCUGUGUUGGACAGCUCUCCUGUUCUCCUCAAUGUGAUAGAGACAAAUCCUUUUAAGCAUCUUACACACCUUUCCCUAAAACUUUUACCGGGCAGUGAUGUGGAGAUAAAGAAGUUUCUAGCAGGCUGUUUGAAAUGUAGCAAGGAAGAAAAAUUAUCACUGACACAAUCGCUAGAGGAUGUUACUAGGCAACUGAGUUUCACACAAAAGACAUUAUCAGAAAAAGUUCAAGAAUUAGAUAAGUUACGGAAUGAAUGGGCAUCCCACACAGCAGAACUGUCCAGUAAGCAUUCCCAGGAGCUGACCAGUGAGAGGGAGAAGGCCUUGCAGGCGCAGAUGCAGUGCCAGCAGCAGCAUGAGCAGCAGAAGAAAGAGCUGGAAGCCCUCCACCAGCGCAGCACCCAGCAGCUGCAGAGCCGGCUGUCCGAGCUGGAGGCGGCCAACAAGGACCUCACCGAGCGGCGCUACAAAGGCGACUCCACCGUCAGAGAGCUCAAAGCCAAGCUGGCUGGCGCCGAGGAGGAGCUGCAGCGGGCGAAGCAGGAAGCGCUGUGUCUGCGGAGGGAGAACUCCGAGAUCGACGCCGAGUGCCACGAGAAGGAGAAGCACGUGAGCCAGCUGCACACCACAGUGGCUGUCCUCCAGCAGGAGCUCAAGGACAAGGACCAGCUGGUCCUGCGGACAAAGGAAGCGCUCGAUGCAAUCCAGGAGCAAAAGGUGGCUUUGGAAGAACACCGUGAGAAAAAUCAGGUACAAAUAGGAAAACUGGAAGCAACUAUAAAAUCAUUAUCAGCAGAACUGCUUAAGGCCAAUGAAAUUAUCAAGAAGUUACAAGGAGAUCUGAAAGCUCUGAUGGGGAAAUUGAAACUGAAGAAUACAGUUACCAUUCAGCAAGAGAAACUCUUGGCUGAAAAGGAAGAAAAGUUACAAAAGGAACAAAAGGAAUUACAAGAUGUUGGGCAGUCUCUCCGAAGUAAAGAGCAGGAGGUAUGCAAAUUACAAGAACAGUUAGAAGCUACCGUUCAAAAGCUUGAGGAAAGCAAACAGCUUCUAAAAAAUAAUGAAAAGUUAAUCACAUGGUUAAAUAAAGAACUAAAUGACAAUCAGCUAGUGAGAAAGCAGGACGUGCUGGGCCCUUCUGCCACUCCGUCGGUACAUUCCAGCAGCACGAUCAGAAGUGGGCUCUCUCCUAGCUCUCACCUGGUUGAUGGCAGACUGCCUUACCCUACCUGUGGCAUCGGGUACCCUGUCGCCUCUGCCUUUGGAUUCCAGAACACCUUUCCGCAUGCCGUGUCUGCCAAAAACGCCAGCCACCCGGCCUCCGGACCCAAGGUUCAGUUUAACUUGCAGUUAACCAAACCAAACCCGUCACUAGGGGACGGUGAGGCAGGAGCAGCCCUCGGUGUGCCCGGUGCCGCUGACAAGGAGAAUGGUGAGAACUUGGGGCUGGAGCCCAAGUACCUGAAGAAAAGGGAAGCCAGCAUUCCUCUGCGGGGGCUCAGCCAGAACCUCUUCAGCGCCGCAGACCGUCAGAAAGAGGGCCCGCUGGGAGCGCUGCCGCCAGCCUGCAAACCCGCCUCGGUGCCUCCCUCCUCCGCCUACUUCCCCGGGCAGCUGCCGCACAGCUAA